AAUUUUAUUUACAGCAAAAACCGGUUUUAACGUCUUUUUCUCUGUUUCGAUCUCUUACGCAAUCGCUGGGUUUCAAUGGAGGAAGUAAUGACGGUCGGUGAUGCCUCGGCGAGGUUCCGAUCAAUCUCAUCCACAUCGUCCAUUAUCCCUUCCAACGUCCCCCUCCUCUCCGCUUUCUUUGCCUUCGCGCUUGCUCAAUUCCUCAAGCUCUUCACUACUUGGUACAAGGAGAAGAGAUGGGACUCUAGAAGGUUGGUUGCUUCGGGUGGAAUGCCGUCAUCACAUUCAGCUACCGUGACUGCUCUUGCUGCUGCGAUUGGAUUGCAAGAAGGGCUUGGAGGAUCAGCAUUUGCCAUUGCGCUUGUUUUGGCAUGCGUUGUAAUGUACGAUGCUAGCGGUGUAAGACUUCAUGCUGGUCGCCAGGCUGAAUUACUCAACCAAAUUGUAUGCGAGCUACCUCCUGAGCAUCCUGUCUCCAGUGUCAGACCGUUACGAGAUUCACUUGGUCAUACGCCACUUCAGGUUCUUGCUGGGUCUAUAUUGGGUUGUAUUGUAGCAUUCCUCAUGAGAACCUCCAGUUAGGAUGAGAUGUGUAACCUUGUCGAUUGUAAACAGAACCAAUAUGACAAUUACGGUGCAAGUGAAGAAGCAGACCGUUGAUGACUUGGUACUUUGAACCCAGUGAAGUUCUAGUAUUAUAACUGCUUGGGGUCUUUGCCUUGUGACUGAAGUCAUUGUAAAUUAUAACAUACUUGAUAGAUUCUCACAUGUCUAGUGUUUGAUUUUUCGGCACUUAUGAAAUUCUUUUACUCUUCUCCAA